AUGGCUGCUUCCUCUGUCCAGAACUUGAUGUCGCUGCGCGCCCAAAUCAAGGACAACUUCCGCUACAUCUCUGGCGCCUCCGAAGGAGAUAUCGCCGUGGUCGUCGCCACACACGACAAUCUCUUCAAGGCCCUCGUUUUCGCAACAACUACUUCUUCAUACUGGAAGUCUUGCAAAAGUCACAAGACCGAGGAGGAUGCCCUGAAGAGUAUGGCGCUAAGUUUGAGCAAUGAAGCCUGGCAGAAGGCCAAGGAGGACGGCAUCCACAUCACUUCCCAGGUAGAUGGUUCUUGGUCCAAAAUCAGACUACUCCUCUUGUUCGUGUUAAAUGAUAUGAAUUCUCAGUCAAUGCGCUAG